ACAUCAGUCUGCGUGUCAACCUUUUCAGUGCUGGUUGGUUUUGGGUUGUCUUUUGCCGAGUGUGAAUAUUAUAUUUUGCUUUUCGGUGUGUGGAAGACCGUUGAACCGAACCAACAAAAAAAAAACGGGAUUUACCUUCUUAACGUUGUAUUAAAAAAAAUUCUUCUUCUUCUCCUUAAAAAUUUUUUUUUUGUAUACAUUUAAAGCUGCUUUAAAAAGAUAAACAUCUGUCAAAAAAAAUCUCUUAAAUGCCAAAUAUCUUAAAGAAGAUAGUUCAAGAGUAUUUUUAUGAUGAUCAAAUUACACGACUUUUCCUUGAACGAAACGUCAAGGAGUAGCAUUAGAUUCCAGAGCAACUCUCUGAAUUGAAUUUGUUUCCUUUUGCCAUUUAUUGCCUAUGCUUAAAGUAAAACAAAAAAAAAAAUACACAUAAAUUAAACGUGAUAGUAGAAAAAUAAAAUAACAAAAAACAAAAAAAAAAAAGAAUAUUCAAGAGAUACCCGAUAUAUUAUCCUAUAAAUGUGACAUGAAUAUAUAAUUAAUUAAAAAACAAAAACAAAAAAAAAAACAUACAAACAACACAUAUUAAAAUAUACCUUACCUACCUGCAUGUUGUGAGAUCGAGAUUAAUGCAACGAAAGAGCGAGGAGACGAGUCAGUGGAUUUAAUGCGCUUUUAUCACAGAAUGACAGAUUCUUCUAAAGAAACAUCCAACAAAUCUGUUAAUUGUUUUCAAUUUAACACUCGAAAAAUAUUAAAAGGAUCAAAAACAAUCCCGGGAAAAGGGAAAAUUCAUAAAACCAAUGAUAAUAGCACAAGGACUUGGUAGCAAAAAACCGAAAUGCUGCAAAUAAAUUUUGAGUAACCAAAACACUCAAAAAAGGAGAACAAAAAAAACUGCUACCAAGACAUAUCCACAUCGUAACACUAAAGACUAACUUUUUAUUUUCUAAAAAAAAGGACGACAUAUCAAAUUAUCUAUUUUACAAAGCAAAACUUUAUAACAAUUGCAUUGGGAACUGAAACUAACAAAAAAAAAAAAAUUAAACUAAACCACAACUAAACCACAUUUUAAUUGUCAUACAUUUUUAACAAAAAACGAAUUCUAUCUACAAACCAAAAUGAUGAGUGGUAGGAUGUGUUCUUCGUGUUCAUGAAAAAAAAAAGCCAAAUUAUGUGAAUGAAAAACACGAAACCUAUACAAAAAAAUACGCUCGUGUGUGUUUUUAUUUUUUAUUUUUUUUUUUCAAAAAAAGGUUUUAAUUUGAUUUAAAUCCAAUUUUCGUGUACAAAAGUAAACAAAGUGUGAACAAAAAAUUGCACAGCAAAAAGGAGAGGCAUCAGCAAGAAGGACGACCGACGACUCAUCGCACAACUUAACAACUUGAGACAGGCAAUCAGCUAACGAAAUAUGGCAUUCAUAUGGCGUCGUCGUUCAACGUCGAUUGUGAAAAUUGUCGCAGUUCUGACGGUAAUUUGGUUUACCAUUGCCUUUCUGCUCUACACAGAUGAUACGAGACGCGCUUCCAAAUGGAAUGGAAUGUCCUUAGGGUUUAGAAGUGAUGCUGGAGGGGGUGGUGGGGGUAUACCAGGUGAAGCAGUUGUUGGCGGUCGAGCAGGUGGUGAUGAAUUUGACUACUCGGCUCGAGGAGGAGGUGCUGCUGCCGCUGAUGUUCCAAUUGCGGUUAACAGAAUUGCUGACAAAGCUCUCCGAAUACCUCCCGUCGAGACUGUCAUUGACGCCAACAAACGUGAUAUUAAUAAUGGAGACGAAUCUGUGAUCGAUAAUAUGGUAGUGCUGCCGCAUGAAAAAGGUGGCAUAAAACUCAGAAAUCAUCCGAAAAUAGCUGCUGCUGCAGCGGCAGCUGAAAGAAGAGAUGAUGGUGUUGCAAAGAAGCAUCAGGUAGAUGAUGGAAAAGGUGUUCUAAGUGCCCCUGGUGUAGUUGAAGAUGCCCCAGGUGAAAUGGGUAAGCCAGUUGUGCUGCCAGCUAAUUUAACAGCUGAAAUGAAAAAGACCGUCGACGAAGGCUGGACGAAUAAUGCUUUCAAUCAGUACGCGUCUGACCUCAUCUCGGUGCAUCGUAGCCUUCCUGACCCCAGAGAUGCAUGGUGUAAAGAGCCUGGUCGCUAUCAGAAAAAUCUACCUGCCACAGAUGUGAUUAUUUGCUUCCACAACGAAGCGUGGUCGGUUCUACUGCGUACGGUGCAUUCGGUAUUGGAUCGUUCUCCGGAACAACUCAUUGGAAAUAUAAUACUUGUAGAUGACUUCUCAGAUAUGCCACACACAAAAAGACAGCUGGAAGAUUAUUUUAAGGCAUAUCCGAAAGUGAAGAUCAUUCGGGCGCCAAAGAGAGAAGGUUUGAUCAGGGCGAGAUUACUUGGAGCGAGGCAUGCAAUAUCACCGGUCUUAACAUACUUGGAUUCACAUUGUGAAUGUGCUGAAGGAUGGUUGGAACCAUUACUGGAUCGCAUUGCUAGAAAUUCGACAACCGUUGUUUGUCCGGUAAUCGAUGUAAUUGACGACACAACAAUGGAAUAUCAUUAUCAUGAUUCGGGAGGUGUUAAUGUGGGUGGCUUCGAUUGGAAUUUACAAUUCAAUUGGCAUGCUGUACCGGAAAAAGAACGAAAACGUCAUAAUAACUCUGCUGAGCCAGUUUAUUCGCCAACAAUGGCGGGUGGACUUUUUUCAAUUGAUCGAAAAUUCUUUGAACUUCUUGGUACAUAUGAUUCUGGCUUUGAUAUUUGGGGUGGAGAGAAUUUGGAACUAUCAUUUAAAACAUGGAUGUGUGGUGGAACUUUGGAAAUUAUACCAUGCUCACAUGUUGGACAUAUAUUCCGGAAGAGGUCGCCGUACAAAUGGCGAUCUGGAGUUAAUGUUCUGAAGAAAAAUUCAGUUCGCUUGGCUGAAGUAUGGUUGGAUGACUACGCAAAGUAUUAUUACCAAAGAAUUGGUAAUGACAAGGGUGACUAUGGAGAUGUCUCAGGAAGAAAGGAACUGAGAAAACGACUGGGUUGCAAAAGCUUCAAAUGGUUCUUGGACAACAUUUAUCCUGAACUUUUUAUUCCUGGAGAAUCAGUUGCUUAUGGCGAGAUGAGAAAUUUAGGUUAUGGCGGUCGCACUUGUUUGGAUUCACCAGCUAGAAAGAAGGAUCUUAAAAAAGCUGUUGGCUUAUAUCCUUGUCAUAAUCAAGGUGGCAAUCAGUACUUUAUGCUGAGUAAAACUGGUGAAAUCCGACGGGACGAAGCUUGUCUUGAUUAUGCUGGAAGCGAAGUUACGCUUUAUCCUUGCCAUGGUUCGAAAGGAAAUCAGUUCUGGACUUAUAAAGCUGAUACAAGUCAAAUUCGACAUGGUUCAUCUGAUAAAUGUUUAGCAAUCAAUGAGAAGAGAGAUAAAGUCAUAAUGGAAGAAUGUGAUCCAAAUCGUGCUUGGCAAAAAUGGCAUCUGGAAAAUUAUGAUCCAUCAAAAUUGUGAGGAUUUAUAUAUUAUGCAAAUAGCUCAAUUAUGAUUCCUACGCACAAAAUUUAGCCAUUUUGUCGCUUAGAGUGUAAAAAAUAAAAAAAAAUAUAAAUUAAUAUUUAAUAUAUAUAAAUAAAUAUAAAUAUAUUAAGUCAAAUAAAAUAAAAAAAUAAUUUGUAAAUAUCCAUUUUGUAUGUAAGUAAAAUUUUGCAUUUAAAAUUAUGAAAAAAGAAAUCAUAAGAAAAUAUAAACACAAACAAAAUAAAUUUUUAAGAAACGUAUCAAUAUUUAUUUUGAAAAAUUAAAAAAAAAAAAAAUGGCGGACAUUCACAAAUUAUAUAUUAAAAAAAUAAAUAAAUCCAGUUGAUUGUAUUCACGUAAAAAUAAAAUUUAAAAAUAGACUUUAAAAAUUAAUAUGUGGAUAUUUCUGGAAUUUUAAAAUGAAAAAAAAACGAAAAAUUGUAAUCAUUUUUUAAAGUGAACCAAAAGAAUUCCGAAAAAUUUCAAAAACUUGACUGGAUUUAUAGUCUUAAGUGUGUACUUAAUUUAAAUGCAAUAAUAUAAAAAAUAUGUUAAACAAAAAAUUAAAACUAUUACCAUAUCUUCCUUCCUUCUUGUAUGCUUUGAAACACUUUUAUUUUCUUUUACUUUCACAAUGAUAUUUCAAGAUUAUGUGAACUUGAAUCUAUAUUAUCUUCCUUUCUAUAAAAAUUAUAUUUAUAUUUUAGUAUUAAAAUUAUAAUACUUUUAUUCUUAUGUAUCUACAUUUUACUUGCCAAGUUUCCUAUAUAAUGUUUCUGUAUAUAUAAUAUAUUAAAAACAAAAAAAAAAAGGAUGUAGUUACAAACCUAUGGUAUAUUAUAUUAUUUAAAUAUUAUUAUAUUAUGAAAUGAUAUAUCAUUUUAUUGAUUAAAAAAAAAAUCAAAUUUAUUAUAUUAUAUUAUUUUUAAGAAUCUACCUAUGUCAGGUAUAAAAAAACAUAAUGCCAUUACAAAUGAAGCACAAAAUAAAUACACACACGUUAUAUUCCGAAAGAAUAGACAUAUCCAAGAAAAAAAUUAAUAAAAAAAAAGCAAAUACAAUUUUAAAACGUUAUAUUAUAAAAAAGAAAAUAUAAUUAUUAAGAGUGACGAAAUAAAAAAUAA